ACCAAAAUAGUGCAGAUUUUGCCUCUCUUUCAUCUUCCUCUCUCUCUCUCCUCAAACAUUGAGAAGAAGAGAGAGAAACUGAAGACAGAGACGCAACAAAAAGACAAGCCUCUUUUCUCUUCUCCUCACUGCAUGACCUUGUUUGAUCACUUUCUCUCUCUAUGACCCAUUUGAGUAAAAACCCAUCACUGAUAUAAUCUUCUCAUAUUCCCUCUCUCUUUUCUCUAACUUUCUGGGGCUCCGAGCACCGACCCAGGUGGAGAAGAGAAGAAUGUACUCAAGCAUCCAUUCUCUGCCGUUGGAUGGAGUUGGGGAUUAUCAGGGAUCGUUGGAUGGGAUGAACUUGCCCGGUGACGGUUGCCUUGUUCUGACGACGGAUCCCAAGCCAAGGCUUCGAUGGACUGCUGAGCUCCAUGACAGAUUUGUUGACGCCGUCACCCAGCUUGGCGGUCCUGAUAAAGCAACACCCAAGACUAUUAUGAGAACGAUGGGAGUAAAAGGCCUUACUCUUUAUCACUUGAAAUCACAUCUUCAGAAAUACAGAUUGGGGAAGCAAUCAUGCAAGGAUUCUACUGAAAACUCUAAGGAUGUUGGAGCUGCAGCCUCUUGCAUCGCAGAAAGUCAGGACACCGGCUCAUCUACGUCGUCCACGUCAAGAGUUAUAGCACAAGACAUUAAUGAUGGUUACCAGGUUACCGAGGCUUUGCGAGUACAAAUGGAAGUCCAACGAAGACUUCAUGAGCAGCUGGAGGUGCAACGUCGUCUUCAACUUCGGAUUGAAGCACAGGGAAAAUACCUUCAAUCCAUACUCGAGAAAGCUUGUAAAGCGCUGAACGACCAGGCUGCGGUAUCAGCUGGGCUUGAAGCUGCAAGGGCAGAGCUUUCUGAACUAGCCAUUAAGGUGUCAAGUGACUGCCAAGAAAUGGCUCCAACUGAUACGCUAAGAAUGCCUUGCUUGUCCGACAUUACUGUGGCUUUGGAUAAUAAAGCCGCUGGUACAAGCAUGCUGGCCCGCCUCGGCAACUGGUCGAUUGACGGUGGGUUGACAUCAACCGGAAGCCCGGUUUCCCCAAUGGGUAUGAGUUCGCAGGCUGCUGCCAUGAUGAUGAAGAAAAGACCAAGACCCUUCCUUGGCAAUGGAGAGCUAAUGCCCUUGGAGGGCAACAUGAGGCAAGAAGUGGAAUGGAUGACCAAUAUUGGGUGAAUCAGUUAUCCUUUGAAAAUGGAGUCAUUUUUAUUUUUAUUUUUAUUUUCCUGCUUGUGUAGUUCUAGAUGUGGCAUCCUUUUUAUGGUUUUGUAUAAUCUGAGGUUUGUAUAUUGGUAAAAGCAGGUCUUUUGAUGUGGGGGAAACCUUUCAAUCAAUUUAGAUUUGCUAGUUUUACACGCAGAGAAAAUGUUCUAAUUUCCUUUUCAUUUUAUUUUCAUAAAGCUUAUGCUUCUCGUGAUUCCCGUCAAAUGUACAUUGAAACAUGAGUCAAAAGACUUUAAGCAAGCAACUUUAGCACAGGAACAAUGUUAAGUAUCGGAGGCGGUGAGCACCACCUAAUAAUAGAAGGUGAAUCUCGCGGUAUAAAAUAUGUAA